UGCGGAGGCGGCGGCCGAGGCCGGCGGGCGCGGAGGAGGGGCCCUAGAUCGGGGCGGCCCGCGGCAGCUGCCCGGGUGACGACUGCCGGCAGCGCGGCGCCCUGAGGAGUCCAAGCCGCAGUCCCCCGGCGUCGCGGCCUCGCAAGCAGCCCUCGUCCUAGUCUCAACCCCGCGGCUGGGGAAAUGGGCCCUCACGGCCGCGGGCCCUGCAUCCCGCGCUCCUCGUAGGCCCUGGUGACCCGCCGGCUUGUCAUUGCCCCUCUCCCCAGUCGAGCCGUCCCCACCCCAGGUCCCCGGGAAGGAAGAUGAGGGAGACGGGCCCGGCGAUCGGCAGCCAGAGCAGCAGCAGCAGCAGCAGCGGUCGAGGGAGGGUGUUUCGCCGUUUCCUCUUAGCCGCCAGGACAAGAUGGCAGCGGCCGCCGAGAGGGGCUGAGCCCCGGCUGGGUGGCGCCGCCUGCUGAAGCGCUUGGCUCCGGGUCCCCGCACGGUCCCCGCUACCCACCCCGGACAUGCUCAGGGCUGCGGCCGCCCGAAGUGGGGAGAGCGCGGGCCUCUAGGAAGGUAUGGCCUCACAAGUCUUGGUCUACCCACCGUAUGUUUAUCAAACUCAGUCAAGUGCCUUUUGUAGUGUGAAGAAACUCAAAGUAGAGCCAAGCGGUUGUGUUUUCCAGGAAAGAACCUAUCCUCAAAUCCAUGUGAAUGGUAGAAACUUUGGAAAUUCUCAUCCUUCCACGAAGGGGAGUGCUUUCCAGACAAAGAUACCAUUUACUAAACCUCGAGGACACAGCUUUUCAUUGCAGGCAGGUGCCAUUGUUGUCAAAGACACUGCCGGUGCUACAAAGGUCCUAGCAGCUCAGGCGCAGCAGGCUGGAGCGGAGGCACCGCGGGCCGUGCUGUGGAGGAACAGGUUACAUUUCCUAGAAGGUCCCCAGCGAUGCGGGUUAAAGCGCAAGAGUGAGGAGUUGGAUAAUCACAGCGGUGGCGCGAUGCAGAUUGUCGAUGAACUGUCAAUACUUCCUGCAAUGUUGCAAACCAACAUGGGAAACCCAGUGACAGUUGUGACAGCGACUACGGGGUCGAAACAGAACUGCACCAGCGGGGAAGGCGACUAUCAGUUAGUGCAGCAUGAAGUCUUAUGCUCUAUGAAAAACACAUAUGAGGUCCUGGAUUUUCUUGGUCGUGGCACUUUUGGCCAGGUUGUCAAAUGCUGGAAGAGAGGGACAAAUGAAAUCGUAGCCAUUAAAAUUUUGAAGAAUCACCCUUCGUAUGCACGUCAAGGGCAGAUAGAAGUAAGCAUCUUAGCAAGGCUCAGUACCGAGAACGCGGAUGAGUAUAACUUUGUGCGAGCCUAUGAGUGCUUCCAGCACCGCAACCACACCUGCCUAGUCUUUGAGAUGCUGGAGCAGAACCUGUAUGACUUCCUAAAACAGAAUAAAUUCAGUCCUCUGCCCCUGAAGGUGAUCCGGCCGGUUCUUCAGCAAGUGGCCACUGCACUGAAGAAAUUAAAAAGUCUUGGUUUAAUUCAUGCUGACCUCAAACCAGAGAAUAUUAUGUUGGUGGAUCCUGUUCGACAGCCAUACAGGGUUAAAGUGAUAGACUUUGGAUCGGCCAGUCAUGUAUCAAAGACUGUUUGCUCAACGUAUCUACAGUCUCGCUACUACAGAGCUCCAGAGAUUAUAUUGGGGUUGCCGUUUUGUGAAGCCAUAGACAUGUGGUCAUUGGGCUGUGUGAUCGCAGAGCUAUUCCUUGGAUGGCCACUCUACCCGGGAGCCUUGGAGUAUGAUCAGAUCCGAUACAUUUCUCAGACUCAAGGUUUACCAGGAGAACAAUUGUUGAAUGUGGGUACAAAAUCCACAAGAUUUUUUUGCAGAGAAACAGAUAUGUCUCAUUCUGGUUGGAGGUUAAAGACACUGGAAGAGCAUGAGGCAGAGACAGGAAUGAAGUCUAAAGAGGCCAGAAAGUACAUCUUCAACAGUCUGGAUGAUAUAGUGCAUGUGAACACAGUGAUGGACUUGGAAGGAAGUGAUCUCUUGGCUGAGAAAGCUGAUAGAAGAGAAUUUGUUAGUCUGUUGAAGAAAAUGUUGCUGAUUGACGCAGAUUUGAGAAUUACUCCAGUUGAGACUCUGAGCCACCCAUUCGUUAACAUGAAGCAUCUGCUAGAUUUUCCUCACAGCAACCACGUAAAGUCCUGUUUUCAUAUCAUGGAUGUUUGUAAGUCUCCGAGUUCAUGUGAAACAAAUAACCACAGCAAAAUGUCACUCUUACGACCAGUCGCAUCCAAUGGCACUGCUGCUCUAGCGGCAAACUUUACUAAAGUUGGAACAUUGAGAAGUCAGGCGUUAACCACAUCUGCUCACUCGGUCGUGCACCAUGGCAUACCUCUGCAGGCGGGGACUGCGCAGUUUGGUUGUGGUGAUGCUUUUCAUCAGACCCUGAUCAUCUGUCCCCCAGCUAUUCAAGGAAUUCCUGCAGCACAUGGUAAACCCAGCAGUUAUUCCAUAAGGGUAGACAACACAGUUCCGCUUGUAACUCAGGCCCCAGCUGUGCAGCCUCUGCAGAUCCGACCUGGAGUCCUUUCACAGACAUGGUCUGGUCGAACACAGCAGAUGCUAAUACCUGCCUGGCAGCAGGUAACACCCAUGGCUCCUGCUGCAGCAACACUAACUUCUGAAGGCAUGGCUGGUUCACAGAGGCUUGGAGACUGGGGGAAAAUGAUUCCACACAGCAAUCAUUACAACUCGGUGAUGCCACCGCCUCUUCUAACCAACCAGAUAACAUUAUCGGCCCCUCAACCUAUCAGCGUGGGUAUUGCACAUGUUGUCUGGCCUCAGCCUGCCACUACCAAGAAAAAUAAGCUGUGCCAGAACAGGAGUAAUUCAUUGCAGAACACCAAUAUCCCACAUUCAGCAUUUAUUUCUCCAAAGAUAAUCAAUGGGAAAGAGGUUGAAGAAGUAAGUUGUGUAGAAACACAGGACAAUCAUACCUCAGAAGGAGAGACAAGAACUUGCCAUGAAACAUCCGUCAGACAGGAUUCUUCAGUUUCAGACAAACAGCGGCAAACCAUCAUCAUCGCGGACUCCCCAAGUCCUGCCGUGAGUGUGAUCACCAUUAGCAGUGACACUGAUGACGAAGAGACCUCACCCAGGCCUUCCCUCCAAGAGUGUAAAGGUAGUCUAGAUUGUGAAGCUUGCCAAAGCACUUUGAAUAUUGAUCGGAUGUGUUCACUCAGCAGUCCUGAUAGCACUCUGAGCACCAGCUCCUCAGGGCAGUCCAGCCCGUCCCCUUGCAAAAGACCGAACAGUAUGUCAGAUGAUGAACAAGAAAGUGGGUGUGAGACUGUGGACGGAUCUCCAACGUCAGACUCCUCGGGGCAUGACAGUCCGUUUGCAGAGAGCAGUUUUGUGGAGGAUACGCAUCACAACACAGAGCUGGGGACUUGUGCUGGCACAGAAGCCAAGCCAGCUGUUGGAACUGCAGUGGAGCCACCAGUGGGAAUAGAAAGUGGACUGAGUGUCGAUGCACAUAUGGCGAACACAGAUUCUACAUGCCAGCCAUUGAGAAAAGGCCAGCCUGCCCCUGGAAAGCCACACCAGCCUUCUGCCUCGGGCGCUCGUCAGCAAAAGCCAACAUCAGCAUUCCCGCAGCAGCAUCUGAACCUGAGCCAGGUUCAGCAUUUCGGAACUGGGCAUCAAGAAUGGAAUGGAAACUUUGGGCAUCGAAGACAGCAAGCAUAUAUUCCUACUAGUGUUACCAGUAAUCCAUUCACUCUUUCUCAUGGAAGUCCCAACCACACAGCAGUACAUGCCCAUCUGGCUGGAAGCACGCACCUCGGAGGACAGCAUACUCUGCUUCCAUACCCAUCUUCAGCUGCCCUCAGUAGUGCUGCACCCGUGGCCCACCUCCUAGCCUCUCCGUGUACCUCAAGACCUAUGUUACAGCAUCCAACUUACAAUAUCUCCCAUCCCAGUGGCAUAGUUCACCAAGUCCCAGUGGGCAUAAACCCCCGCCUGUUACCAUCCCCAACCAUUCAUCAGACUCAGUACAAAGCAAUCUUCCCUCCACAUUCUUACAUUGCAGCAUCACCUGCAUAUACUGGAUUUCCAUUGAGUCCAACCAAACUCAGCCAGUAUCCAUAUAUGUGAAAACUCGAAAGCAGUCUAUUGAGGAAGCUCAAUGAUACAAAUGUUUGAUUAAAAAUAAAAACAUGGUAUUUAAUAAAUAUUAGCCAUGGCACAAGAAAAUUAUUUUUGAAUCAUGUAGACUUGGGUGCAAUUUAAACAACUUUGAGCUUUAAAAAAACUCACUUUUAAUGUGUUUUGCACAUUUGGUAUAACUUGUCUUUGGUCAUGUAUCUUCUUAUGUAGUAACUCUAUAGACAGGUGACUUAUGGGAGCAAAAGUCCAGUUUUGCUCCUGCUAUUUUUUAUAAAAUUGCCUUCUAACUAGUGCAAGACACGUCCACAUUUGGGAAGCCAUUCUGUGUCUAGACUUAGAGUAACAGAUGCACAUGUGUCAGAAUUACAGCAUAUGAGUGAGUUGUAUCGUCUGUGUCUUACUGUGUACAUGUUGGGGCACUUAACCUAAGCAAUUGAGCUACUGUUCUUUACAUUUGCAUGUGUCUUUUGCAUGGGCAAAACGUUGCCUAGACUUGGCUCUUAAUGUUGUUGUAAUAAUCUCAGCUGCAUUGUAAACCGUUCCCACACAUAGUGCCUUAAAUAUUUGAGGUUGUUGAAGUUAUUACCUAUCUGUAAAUGUUGGACUGCAGCACUUAAAAUUCAGACCUACUCUUUAGUUUUCUUUCAGUAGAGUAAUGUUCCUUUUGGUUUUGUGUGGUAUGAUUUCAGAUAGUAGCUGCUUUUUCCUUAUUAAGAGGGCAGCAUGAUUGCUAUAGCUGAAUUCUGCUGUCUGAUUUUUUUCAGAAUGAUCUAGCUUCAAGAAAAGCAAGCAGUUAGUAGUGCUUAAGAAAACUUGAUUCAGUAACUAAUGGGUAGUUGAUAUCUGUCACAGCACAGCAUUUUAUAUACUAUUAAGUGAAACUGCAAUACAACCUAAGUUUAUUUUGGGAGUGUUUGCUGUAUAAUUGGACUUGAUAAAAUGUUUAGGGUGCAGUAGGCAUGACUUGAGUAGAUAAUGGAAGAAAAUGCAAAUGUUCUUCGACUCCUGAUGUGCUCCCUUCGUGCUUGGGCAGACCAUGCAGUAUUUAACACAUAGUAGCAGAAUAUUUACUAUUGAAGCUUGAAAAGAUGUGAGUUCUUUGUGUGCAAUUUUUCAUUUAUGCAUGUGAGAAGGUUUUUGGUUUUUGGUUAUUUUUAAGUAUUUUUACAUUGUAGUACUCGUUUUUGCUUGUUGGUGGUGUUUGCUUAUUUAAUACAUUCCGUCAGGGACAGAAAUUACAUGCUUUUUCUCUUAGGAAGUGUGUAUUGGGUUUUUCCCUCCCCCUCUCCCCUUGGUGGUGAUGGUGGUGAUGUUUAAAUGAAGUUGCUUUUACAGCACCAAAGACUUAAUCAUCCAUUUCUUAUAUAAAAGGUAGCUACUUUUUGCAUAGACCUCAAGUAUAUUGUAGUGUAGAGGUGGAAUUUAAGGAAAGGUAUUAAACCAAGGCUGUGUUUUAGCUUACAGGCAAGUAAUAAAUUGUAUCAUUUAUCUUGAAUGUAUCAUAGAUAAGCUGCUAUAUAACGAUUGCCACUUGAGAUAGCUGUGAAAUUAGGUGAUUAACUAGUUGUUCUUUAGCUUUCUAAUUUCUGUAUAAGUCUAAUUACACAAGAUAGAAGCUGGGGUUUUGAUUUUUUUUACUUUGCUUUUCUGUUUGGAGUGUCAUUGUAACUACUGUAUUGUAAAUGAUGGAAAUGAUUGCCUAUGUUAUUUUGGGGUGUGUUAUUUGCAUCAGUAUUUUAUCUCUAUUAAUGUUUGUGCUCAUCACUGCAUAUAAAAACUUGGAUGUAUCAAUGUAACUUAAUUUUUUUAUUUUCAUACUGGCAUUGUAGACACGUGAGAAAGCUGUAUCUUGCAGGCUUGACUUAACUUUUUUUUUCCUUAAAAGUCUGGAAUAUAAUCUUACAGCAUUUACUGGAAUAAACAGUACAGAACAUUUGAGUGUAAAACUCCAAAUGUUUUGGAUUGACAGCAUUUUCUUAUUAAGCAAGUGGCACACCACAAGUACAACCCUAGUACACGCUGAUAAGCUAACAGUGAUACAGUUUUCUUUACUCCAUUGACACAAGCAGUGUUUUAUUUAAUAAUCAUCCAUGACAUAAACGUGCCUGAAGUUGAUUUUAAAAAUUACAGUAUUAGAUCAUAAAGUAAAAACCAGCAGCACAUUUUUAGUCACUGAAAAUGAAGGACUUGAUUUCCCCACAGGUCUCAGUGUUUUUAGUAAUUGAUUCUAUGCAUUUUAUAUAAAUAGAAAUAUAUAUAACACACAUUACAAAAAGGAGUAGACUGAGAUUAACUUAAGACUAUUUACAGACGACAAGUCACUAAGUAGCUGCUGCCCACCACAGCCCUGUCAUGUGAGCUGUAGGGGCUAAGGUGUCUGCUCACUUCUUGGAAAAGAUUGAGUGCUGGCGACGGAUGUUUAAGAAACACCGAGUACACAGAUUGGUGGUGUCACAACAGGGAGGAGGUGGUCUGGCAAGCUGCGCUCUGCCGAGGAUGGUGCCCUUUUUGUAUUAAGUUCAUGACUGGAGCAGCCUUGUUAAAUUGACUGUAGGUGGUAACAGUCAACAUUUUCACACCACAGUAAUGCUUUUUAAAGGCAUGCCACUGUUAAGUGCACUGCUCUUAAUUAACUGUAAUCAUCGGCUUUUUAAUGUGUUUCAAAAUUUAAGACUUCAAAAUCCCCCUGAAGUCUGAUUUUAGCAUACUGGCAGAAGGACCUGGAUUUUACCCCCUCUAAAACUAUUUUAAUAGUUUUGUUUUAAUGUUUUCUUAAAUAAAACACUGCAUGAUUUCCAAGUUGCAUAUUUGUGUGCUAAUUUGCAAGUGAAUUUUUAAUCAAUUAUUUUGAUAUUUAGGUUUUUUUUUCCUUUCAGGGUAUUUAAUAUGUUACUCUAUUAGCAAACCUUUCAUCUUAAUAUCUCUACUGCUGAUUUUAAACUUGGCUUGUGUUCUGUAAAAGUUAAAUCAUACACUGCAAGGUGUAGGAAGAUUCAUUUUAAUGAUCCCAAUGAUAGAUUCAAUGACCUAGUUUGAACUAUUAACUGUUGAACAGUUUUACUCUUGUGGCUUCUUUCUUUGGUUUGUUUUUGCUUUGACUUCUAUGCUACACUAGUUUGCCAUGUAGCAAUUGCACUGUGCAAUAUUACAAUAAGGACUGGGAAAACUUUUAUGGAUGUAAUGUGUAUUACAGUUUGCGAUAGUAUUUCUCUCUAGUUCUCAGUGAUUUAAAUGUGACCAAGCCUUCUGUACUUUGUCACAAAAAGCGGGUUUUCCAGGUGACUAUUUUGGUGAGUGUCAAAAUAAGAAUUUAUGGUGUAUUACUGUUGAUUCACUUUGAAUUAAAAUAUAUAUAUUGCAGCAAA